UAUAGUCUGGCCCCCAAAAUCAAAGUUUUACUAAGUUGAGCAAGAAGUAAAUGUGAAAUUCCCACCCACCAAACUUGUCACUAAGCACCUAUUAAGUAUCCUCAAUCAAUUGGAAUAUCCUUUGCUGUUCAAUUUUCUUGACUUGGAAAACUGCAACUCCAUCCAUCGAGAUAAGAUUUGCUAAAUUAAAGCAGUUCACAGGUUUUUCUAUAAGAACCAGAACACGUGAUUGUAGUAGAAUUCUGUUAACAGAAGAACGAGAAAUGGCGGUGAUGGAGGAGAAGAAGCUUUUGCAGACCGGAAUCGCUGAGUUCUACGACGAGUCGUCCGGGUUAUGGGAAGACAUGUGGGGAGACCACAUGCAUCACGGGUUUUACGAGCAGGAUGUCACCGUCUCUGUUUCAGACCACCGUGUUGCUCAGAUCCGAAUGAUUGAAGAGUCUCUUCGUUUUGCUGCACUUUCUGAGGAUCCAGCUAAAAAGCCAGAGAGUAUAGUGGAUGUUGGGUGCGGCAUAGGAGGCAGUUCUAGGUACCUAGCUAAGAAAUUUCAGGCAAAGAGCGUUGGUAUCACUCUGAGUCCUGUUCAAGCUCAGAGAGCAAAUGCUCUUGCUGCUUCUCAAGGCUUAGCUGACAAGGUUUCCUUUCAAGUUGCUGAUGCUCUAGAGCAACCAUUCCCUGAUGGUCAGUUUGAUCUGGUGUGGUCCAUGGAGAGUGGAGAGCAUAUGCCUGACAAACCUAAGUUUGUUGGCGAGUUAGCUCGGGUGGCAGCACCAGGUGGGACCAUAAUAAUUGUAACAUGGUGCCACCGGGAUCUUGGACCAGCUGAAGAAUCCCUGCAGCCAUGGGAGCAGAAUCUCUUGAAGAGGAUAUGCGAUGCAUUUUACCUUCCAGCAUGGUGCUCAACUGCUGAUUAUGUCAAAUUGCUGGAAUCCCAUUCACUUCAGGACAUCAAAUCAGCAGAUUGGUCUCCCUUUGUUGCUCCAUUUUGGCCAGCUGUGAUACGCUCAGCAUUUACAUGGAAGGGUCUCACUUCACUGUUGCGCAGUGGAAUGAAAACCAUAAAAGGAGCUUUGGCUAUGCCAUUGAUGAUAGAAGGAUUCAAGAAGGGUGUCAUCAAGUUUGCCAUUGUUACAUGUAGAAAGCCUGAAAAUGUGGAGAUAGAAUAAUUUAUAGUAUUUAAUGACUCGAGUUUCCCAUUGGUGAUUGUUGAUGAAUAAUAUAUAGUUCAAAUAUUAGAGGAAGAAUAAGAUAGAAUAAGUAACAGAGGAUGAGAAUUGUUGACGAUAAAACAAGAUGUUAUUGCUUCUACCAAGUCAAAACCUUUUGGGGGUUAUUGGGGUGAGUGAAAAUCAAGUGAUGCAAGUCAGUUCAUGUUGGGGAGCCUGCAAUUAAACUAAUGUAAGGUCCAUUUCUUUAAGAUGUUAUUGCUUUAGCCUUAAGAGGUGGCAAAAUACAUUCUUUUCGUCA